CGGCGGCAUGCGUGCGCCCCGGCGGGCAGCCGCGGCGGCGUGCUCCAUCCUCCUCACCCUGCUCCUGGCGCUGCGGGCCCAGGUGACUUUAGCGUCGGGACAGUUCGAGUUGGAGAUCUUAUCCAUGCAAAAUGUGAAUGGUGAACUGCAAAAUGGAAAUUGCUGCGAUGGCACCCGAAACCCAGGAGAUAAAAAAUGCACCAGAGACGAGUGUGACACCUAUUUUAAAGUUUGUCUGAAGGAGUAUCAAUCGCGGGUCACUGCUGGCGGUCCUUGCAGCUUCGGAUCCAAAUCCACUCCUGUCAUCGGAGGAAAUACCUUCAAUUUAAAGUACAACCGGAAUAAUGAAAAGAACCGGAUCGUUAUCCCCUUCAGCUUCGCCUGGCCGAGAUCCUAUACACUGCUUGUCGAGGCGUGGGAUUACAAUGAUAACUCCACAAACCCCGACCGCAUCAUUGAGAAGGCGUCGCACUCGGGCAUGAUCAACCCCAGCCGGCAGUGGCAGACGCUCAAGCACAACGCGGGCGCCGCGCACUUCGAGUACCAGAUCCGCGUCACCUGCGCCGAGCACUACUACGGCUUCGGCUGCAACAAGUUCUGCCGGCCCAGGGACGACUUCUUCACCCACCACACCUGUGACCAGAACGGCAACAAGACCUGCCUCGAAGGCUGGAUGGGACCUGAGUGCAACAAAGCUAUUUGUCGUCAGGGAUGUAGCCCCAAGCAUGGUUCUUGCACAAUUCCAGGAGAGUGCAGGUGUCAGUAUGGAUGGCAAGGCCAGUACUGUGAUAAGUGCAUUCCACACCCGGGAUGUGUCCAUGGCACUUGCAUUGAACCAUGGCAGUGCCUCUGUGAAACCAACUGGGGUGGCCAGCUCUGUGACAAAGAUCUGAACUACUGUGGAACCCACCCGCCCUGCUUGAACGGUGGUACCUGCAGCAACACUGGCCCUGACAAAUACCAAUGUUCCUGCCCUGAGGGCUACUCAGGACAGAACUGUGAAAUUGCGGAGCACGCCUGCCUCUCCGACCCUUGUCACAACGGGGGAAGCUGCCUCGAGACAUCCACGGGAUUUGAAUGUGUGUGUGCUCCUGGCUGGGCUGGACCGACCUGCACUGACAAUAUUGAUGAUUGUUCUCCAAAUCCCUGUGGUCAUGGAGGAACUUGCCAAGAUCUAGUUGAUGGAUUUAAGUGUAUCUGCCCACCUCAGUGGACUGGCAAAACAUGCCAGCUAGAUGCCAAUGAAUGUGAGGGCAAGCCCUGUGUCAAUGCCAACUCCUGCAGGAACCUGAUUGGCAGCUACUACUGUGACUGCAUUACUGGCUGGUCUGGCCACAACUGUGAUAUAAAUAUUAACGACUGUCGUGGACAAUGUCAGAAUGGAGGAUCCUGUCGGGACUUGGUUAAUGGUUAUCGGUGUAUCUGUUCACCUGGCUAUGCAGGAGAUCACUGUGAGAAAGACAUCAAUGAAUGUGCAAGUAACCCUUGCAUGAAUGGGGGUCACUGUCAGGAUGAAAUCAAUGGAUUCCAAUGUCUGUGUCCCGCUGGUUUCUCAGGAAACCUCUGUCAGCUGGACAUAGACUAUUGCGAGCCAAAUCCGUGCCAGAACGGCGCCCAGUGCUUCAAUCUUGCCAUGGACUAUUUCUGUAACUGCCCCGAGGAUUACGAAGGGAAGAACUGCUCCCACCUGAAGGAUCACUGCCGCACCACUCCGUGUGAAGUAAUUGACAGCUGCACUGUGGCAGUGGCUUCCAACAGCACACCCGAAGGGGUUCGCUACAUCUCUUCCAACGUUUGUGGUCCUCACGGGAAGUGCAAGAGCCAGGCGGGUGGAAAAUUCACCUGUGAAUGCAACAAAGGAUUCACCGGCACCUACUGUCAUGAGAAUAUCAAUGACUGUGAAAGCAACCCCUGUAAAAAUGGUGGCACUUGCAUUGAUGGCAUCAACUCCUACAAAUGUAUUUGUAGCGAUGGAUGGGAAGGAACAUAUUGUGAAACGAAUAUUAAUGACUGCAGUAAAAACCCUUGCCACAAUGGAGGAACUUGCCGAGACUUGGUCAACGACUUCUUCUGUGAAUGUAAAAAUGGGUGGAAAGGAAAAACUUGCCACUCCCGUGACAGCCAGUGCGAUGAGGCGACGUGCAACAACGGGGGGACGUGCUACGACGAGGGGGACACUUUCAAGUGCAUGUGUCCUGCAGGAUGGGAAGGAGCCACUUGUAACAUAGCGAGGAACAGCAGCUGCCUGCCAAACCCCUGUCACAACGGUGGUACCUGUGUGGUCAGCGGGGACUCCUUCACUUGUGUCUGCAAGGAGGGCUGGGAAGGACCCACGUGCACCCAGAACACAAACGACUGCAGUCCUCAUCCUUGUUACAACAGUGGCACUUGCGUGGAUGGAGAGAACUGGUACCGCUGUGAGUGUGCUCCAGGCUUCGCCGGGCCUGACUGCAGGAUCAACAUCAACGAAUGCCAGUCCUCGCCCUGUGCCUUUGGAGCCACGUGUGUGGAUGAAAUUAACGGGUACCGUUGCAUUUGCCCCCCGGGUCGCAGUGGUGCAGCAUGCCAAGAAGUUACAGGAAGGCCUUGCAUUACCAGUGCUCGAGUCAUGCCAGAUGGGACUAAGUGGGAUGACGACUGCAAUACCUGUCAGUGUGUGAAUGGAAAGGUCACCUGUUCUAAGGUUUGGUGUGGCCCUCGGCCCUGUGUGCUGCACGGCAAGGGCCCCGGCGAGUGCCCCGCCGGCCACGCCUGUGUCCCUGUGCGGGACGACCACUGCUUCACCCGCCCGUGUGCUGCUGUGGGGGAGUGCUGGCCCUCCAACCAGCAGCCUGUCAGGACCAAGUGCAACUCCGACUCCUACUACCAGGACAACUGUGCCAACAUCACCUUCACCUUCAACAAAGAAAUGAUGGCCCCGGGCCUUACCACAGAGCAUGUUUGCAGUGAAUUGAGGAAUCUGAAUAUUCUGAAGAAUGUUUCUGUUGAAUAUUCCAUCUAUAUUACCUGUGAGCCUUCCCACUUGGCAAAUAAUGAAAUCCAUGUUGCUAUUUCUGCAGAGGACAUUGGGGAGGAUGAAAACCCCAUCAAAGACAUCACAGAUAAGAUCAUCGACCUGGUCAGUAAGCGCGACGGGAACAACACGCUGAUCGCUGCCGUCGCCGAGGUCAGGGUGCAGCGGCGGCCGGCCAAGAGCAGAACAGAUUUCCUGGUGCCCUUGCUGAGCUCGGUGCUGACAGUAGCCUGGAUCUGUUGCCUGGUCACCGUGUUUUACUGGUGCAUCCGAAAGCGCCGGAAGCAGAGCAGCCACACCCACACUGCCUCUGACGACAACACCACCAACAACGUCAGGGAGCAGCUGAACCAGAUCAAAAACCCCAUUGAGAAACAUGGAGCAAAUACUGUCCCCAUUAAAGACUACGAAAACAAAAACUCUAAAAUUGCCAAAAUAAGGACACACAACUCUGAGGUGGAGGAGGAUGACAUGGACAAGCACCAGCAGAAGGCCCGAUUUGCCAAGCAGCCAGCCUACACUUUGGUAGACAGAGAUGAAAAGCCCCCCAACAGCACCCCUACAAAACACCCAAACUGGACAAAUAAACAGGACAACAGAGACUUGGAAAGUGCACAAAGCCUAAAUCGGAUGGAGUACAUCGUAUAGCAGACGGUGGGGUGCUGCCAUGCAGGGCCUUUGAGUAUCAAUAGAAAGGCACUCAAGAGCUUGUAGUUCUUAAACUGUUGCGUAAUAUUUGAGUCUAAGGCUAUUAUUUACUUAGAAUCCUUGUGUUAAUUUAAGUUUGGACAAGCUGGCUUACACUGGCAAUGAUAGUUGCUGUGGUUGGCUGGAAUACCAAGUGCUGCAUUUCACAUCUAUGCAAAACUAGUCAAAAGUGCCCUCCUGUAAAUUCAGCUGCAGCUGAUCCAUCACAGAAAUGUUCCAUAAGGUUUUAUUACAUAGCCUUAUUGCUCUUCCUUAGUGUUCAUUUUUUUUUUCUGCCAGAUGUUCUGAUUUAUACAGUUUCUUUAGAAUAAUACAUUUUAUUUAUAUUUAUUGAAUUUGAGUUUUUUGUAUAUUGGUUUUAUGGUGACGUACAACUAGUUCUGUAUUUGAAAGUGCCUUUGCAGCUCGGAACCACAGCAACUAUCAAAAAUAAGUUUAUUAUUUAUUUUUUUAUUGUAUUUUUGUUGGGGGUGGGUGGGGGGAACUUGUCAGCAGUUGCUGGUAAAUGAAGAAUUUAAAGAGGAAAAUGUGUCAAAAAUAGAAGUUUGUAUAGAUAUGUAAAUAAUUCUUUUUUUAUUAAUCACUGUGUAUAUUUGAUUUAUUAACUUAAUAAUCAAGAGCCUUAAAAUAUCAUUCCUUUUUAUUUAUAUGUAUGUGUUUAGAGUUGAAGGUUUUUGAUAGCAUUGUAAGCUCGUGGCUUCUCUAUUUUGAAUUUAUUUUCUUGUUACAUGUUGCCUAUAUGCCAAAACUAAGGUGUUCUAAAAUAGUUUAUUUUUAAUAGGAUGGGCUUUCAUGCCUUGAUGCUGGUUUUUGUACAAUGUCAAACGUUUGAAACACCUUCCAUAGUAUCACUUUAAGACUAUUUGUAAGUACUGACUGAGGCAGUUUAGAGAAUUAGACUAGAAAAUUUUUUUUGCUGCUUUAGACUUGAAAACCGAGUGACAGGCAGAUAAUCUGCUAAGAAGCAGUUUAAGGGAACAAAACUGAGCUAUUACUUUAUGUAGAUGAAAUGUGAGUGGUUGCAUGUAAUUAAAAAUAUCAAAUUAGCGUGUGAAGUUGG